GUGGAAGUGCGGGGCACUUGAGAUCUGGGGUUUGUCGGUCGGAGGGGAUCGGUUUGUCAGUCAACCUUGUCUUGUCUGGUGCUCAACAUUUCGAUUCAUAUUCUCUUCAACAUCAGCGUAUGGAUAUUGAAUGCAACGAGUCUCGCAUGAAUCAGACGAUAUAGCAAGCUUCCUUGACCCUAUUUUGACGAUGGCGACCGUCACUUGCGCAUCGACGACGAUGCUGAGCACCAACACCAAACCCCGCCGAAAACAAAAUCGGGCCUGUGAUGCCUGCAAAAGGGGAAAGCGGGCAUGCGAUGCGACAGGACGUGCUAGCAACGAGGUCUGCUCAAAUUGUUUAAGGACCGGCAAAGUCUGCACAUUCGAAAAAGUCCUUCGUACAGUCAAGGAGAAGUCGAAUCGAAAGAUCAAGAAGAAUUUGCCCCCCACUCCGCCAACGCGAAGUCGUGACGGUACCCAAAAUCUAUCGGAAGCAGUUCAGUCUUAUUCGCGCGAGGCCUCUGACCUUUCAGGCUAUCCUUCAAGCUUGCAAGCGCUUUCACCUUCCAGUCUCGAGCUUCUCGACAACGUCCACUCUGACACGACGCAGUUCCGCGCUGGCUCCCAGGACACGUAUGCUUUCCCGGAUAUUAACGAACUAUGUCCGUCUUUGACCUCAGAAGACUUCGAGCUUAUCACCCAAGAGGACUCCAAUGGCUCGACUACUACAUCGGGAUGGGAAGCUGUCGUUGACAUUAUCCGCCAGCGAGACACCACUUCUGAGAUCGACACCACGCCCAGCAGUAUCUUCUCUGUGGGCGCCGACGUAAAUGAUAAUAGCUUCGGCGCCUGGUCUCGCAAGAGGAAGACGCCGCCUGAGAGUCAACGUUCGCCGCGAGUCCGAUUUCCAAGCGACGUAAACUCUUCAUCAAAUGUAGCAGCUUUGCUUGCAGAAAAAACAAACAAGUCCCUAAUCUCGGACAGCCUAACCCGGAUUUACCAGGAUACUAUGGAGAAUGCCUUGUCUUGCUGGCUUACGGAAAGAACAUGUCCGUACACUUACGAAGGAAUUGACAGAAAUCAACUUGGGUUGACGGAGCCUUUGAGCUGCCAGAAUCCUUUGGAAUCAGGGAAUCGAGUGAUAGCACGUAUUUGUCAACUAGAUCGACCCACGUCGACUCUUCGAGAGCGCCCCCUGACGCAUCAUGAGAACCAGAUGGCCUCCCGCGCCGUCAAGGCCACCAUCAUGGCAUUUUCAAGCCAAUGGGCGCAAUCCCCCAGUGCUGUACGCGAGGCCACGGGCGGCUCACAGCAGUUCGAGACUUCGCAAGGCAUCAUCGAUGGGCGCACGAAUGGUACUGUCCACAGCGACAAGCCAUCAAGCUUUGACCGGUCGUUGCAAGAAUCAUUGUGGUACGAUGCUCAGCGUGCUCUGCAGGAGUGCGCUGAGAUUGACUCAUAUCGGGUGAUCUUUGCCCAGCUACUAUUUUCUUUCACUCAGAAACCCUUGCCACGCCACCAGUACGCUAGGAUUAGCAAAGUGAGAGCGGAAGGAGGAGUCAAUAUCGAGCUUACCACAGAUGCCCGCAAAGUGGAGGAACUGACGGCGGAAUCUUACAACAGCGCCUUUGAGGCGACCGGGAGCCCAUCAAACAGUAAUACGUCCGACACGUCCGGGGAAAUCAAAGAGCUACAAGAUCUGCUCGAGCUGCAAGGAUCUCCCAUACAUAUGGAGGCCGCCUUGUUACGAUUGUCAGCGAAGCGGGUUAGGCUUGAGGAUCUACGCAGAAGCGUUCGACGAGGCUCGACUGACGCAGCUGGUAUUGCCGACAGGAAAACUUUCAACAUGCUCUUCUGGAUGGUGAUGAUGUGUGACACGCUUCUUGCGGUGUUAUACAAGCGCCCCUGCGUCGUUUCAGAUGAGGACAGUCUUAUCCUCCAUGCAGAUAAUCUACCAGACACUGAGAAGACGGCAGACGCUUGCGAGCCACCUGUCGAUGACGAUUUGGAGUUUUCGCCUUGGGGCACGUUGUUCUUGAAGAAGGCUGAAUUAACCGUGCGUGCCAGGCCGUCCAUGUGGCCCAUGGCGGAAGAUCACGCACUCUCGCUUCUGUCGGAUGCCGCAACGGUCAAGGUCCUCCUGUAUCGCAAGAUCAAGCGGCUAAGCAACUGCAUGUUUAGGGGGAAUUCUGCGAAAAGAAUCGAGGCUGCCAUCGUUGACGCUCUCAAUGUUUACGAAUACUGGAACAAGACGUACGGCGAAUUCAUACUAACGUGCUUGAAGCACCACGAGGACCUCCAUGCGCGUGUCCAGUCCUGGUAUUCCGUCUUGAUCGGACACUGGCAUCUCGCUGUCUUUUGGCUCGCCGACUGUCUUGACGAGGUGGACCAACGUCAGAAAGGUGACCACCUGUAUGGCGCCCUCCGGAAGUCCUGUCGCCUUGCAUUUGAGAUGCGAAAGGCAAGCGCAUUCCAAAUAUCUGAUGUCUGCAGAGUUGCAAGGCCUCGCGAUGGCUCAAAUUUCCAUCGCAUUGGCAAUUUCCACACCACGGUCUGUGAGGGAGCACUUCUGACCGAGCCUUGGACGGAGAUUCUGAUACGAUGUUUCACGAGAUCCGCGGACUUGUUCUUGAAGUGGCUCUCGCAGUUGCAAUCGAGCCCUUCACAUCCGUCCUCCUGGUCGAGGGCAGGCAGUUUUGACGCGCUUUACGACAACUGCAUGCAAUGCAUCGCAGGACUUUUCGAUAUAGGUCGCAAGUCAGACAUGUCUUAUCUUUUGGCGUUGUCUCUCUUGGAACGGCUUCAAAACACCUUCCCAAAUGCAACGAACAACACUAGUCCAUUGUCAACCUGAGAAGCUGCCUCGGGCCUUGAUUUUAGCGUCUGAUGAGAGAGACUGAAGCCAGUCAGCGAUUCACGAUUUGAUGUCUGUUUGUACAUAGUCCAUAGUCCAAUUGCGUUUCUCCACCG